AUGCUACUUGGUAACUUCGCCAAACAAACGAAUUGCCGGGCUCCGGCUAAGUUAGCCGGGCGGCGCCGCGCGGGGCCGCUGCACCUUCUCCGGGCAGCCGGGCGACGCGGCCUCCUUCCCGCCUCCCGCUCCCGCAGCCCCGCCGCGCGCCCUCCCGGGCUCGCCCGGUCGCCGCCCCCUCCCCCCCGCGCUCCCACGUGCUGGUCCCCUCCGCGCGCCGGGCAGCGCCGCCAGGCCGCUGAGGAUGCGCCGGGCCGUUCUCCCACGCCCCCGGUGCCGGGCCGGGUCGGGCCUCACGGGCCUCGCCGGCUCCCGGCCUCCCUGGCCUCGCCGACCCGUCCUUACCGGCGGGCACAGGGCGAAGGGUGGCGCGGGCCGGCGCCUCAGGCGGAGGAUGCCCCGCGCGGGGCCCGCGAUCCUGGACGCCCAGGCCGCGGGACCCGCGCCGCGGACGGCAGAGGGGGAGGGGAGGCCGCGGGCGGAGACGUGAGGGGCUGGGAAGCGGGUCCUACGAUCAGUUCAUCUCCGGGCGCCGAGGGCGAGCGGGAAGUACCGAAGGCGCCUCCUCCGUCCGCGCUCCCGCCCCGCCGCUUAUCGGCCGCCGGCAGCCGCCAUGACGCCAAGACCGCGAUCGAGCGCAACCGUCUCCGCCGCGCGGCGCCGCCGAGGUCGCCGUCGCCUCCGCCUCCCGAGCGACGUCACCGCCUCGGCUCACUCCCCUUCCCGGCGCGCGGCGGCGGCGCGCACGCCGGGCCUUUCCGCCGACGCGCGAGCGCGGGGCGGGGCGGGGCGGGGCAGGGCGGGGCGGGGCGGUGGUGUCCGCCCCUCGGGGAAGCCACUCGGUCUAGCCGAGCCUCGGCCUGCGCACUCCUAACCCGCGCUACCUCUGGCUUUCGCCUGGGGCUUCCGGAGAUGGGCGCUGAGGUCACUGCACCGAUACGCCGGGAUCCAAAACGGAGGCCGAGGACUGCGGGCGUUGGGGACGGGCGGCGCGCGCUGGGUGUCCGGAGUCCGGCCGGAGCUGCUGCGUCACCGGGGCAGCUAGGGAACUAUUGGGCAACCUUGUCGCCUCCCGCAGCGAUCCUUGCCUGAGCGACCUGCGGCUAAGUCUCUUCCCGGGCGGGGCUCUAGUGAAAGAAAGAGUUCGAGGUGCUGACAUCCCGUGACGCUACUUGAUUCGUGUGUGGGUGGCCCAUGCCUGGUUCAUAAAAGAACUUUUACAACAGCGCCUGCCUAGGUCCCUCCCUGGAGGACGGGUGGAAGGGUGCCGUGCCGAAUUGGAACAAGAAAGGCUACUACUGGAGGGACGUUGGUAACUGGAUCUAAGGACCCUUGGGAUUUUGUGAGUGCUAGAGGAGUCUGAGCCUGCAAAUAAGUGGAUGUUGCAUUAGUCUGACCUUCGUUCGUAAGAAAACAAUUGAAACAGGAUAAUUUAUAAAGGAAAGAGGUUAAUUUGACUCCCAGUGAUAGAAGUCCCAGUGCCCACACCUGGUCAUAUAACAUAUUUCUGUCAUAAAAUCUUUUAGUUUUUAAUAUAUUUUUCAUUACUUAUGUGUACAUGUGUGUGUUUGUGUUGGACAGUUAUGUGAGCAUGCAUGUAGGAAAUGUUUCACAGAGGUCGGGAAACAUGUCACAGUUCAUUCAAAGUUUCUAAAUGAUAAUGGGGAGCACGUGGGAAACCAGAGAAGAUCAAGAACACACUGUGAAUGAAACUGAGAUCCCACAGAUGAGGCACUGACGGUGCUCACAGUGCAGUCACGCCAGCCGGUUUGCACACGGAGAUCCAUUUGCACCUGUUCUUCUACUCACCCAACUUGUCCAAGUUUGAAGAAUGAAUAAGGCUCUAUAGCCUUCUAGAAAGAAGAAAGCACUGCAGACUAAGCAGAGGACGCAGAUAUGAAGAAGCAUCAUGUUCUGGUGUGAAAAGGCAGGCAGGGGCUGCAGAGACGCUCAAUGGUCAAAAGCACUUGCUGUUCUUGCAGAGGAUCGGGGUUUGGUUCACAGCGCCUUUAUCAACUAGCUGUGUGUCAUUCUAGUUCCGGGAUACCCAAUGCCCUCUCCCAUCAAAGUUUUAGUAAUUGAGGGGCCACAUUCUCCCAGGGACCCCAAUAUCAUAUAUAACUGAGGUUGUCAUUGGCAAUGGGACAACUCUGAACUAAUUCACAAGCUCCAUCUAUCUUAAUCUUUUGAUUGUAUGCUGUAUAUGAAAUACGUAGAGGUUUCCUCUCUGCUUUACUUUACAGAACCCUUGAGUUUUUUUUUUUUGGAGCUGGGGACUGAACCCAGGGCCUUGCGCUUGCUAGGCAAGCGCUCUACCACUGAGCUAAAUCCCCAACCCCAACCCUUGAGAUUUUAUGACUACCAGAGGAUUGUGUAUCUACAGAGAAGCAGCCCCUACAUUAGUCUGACCUUCAUUCAUAAGAAAACAUUGAAGCAGGAUAAUUUAUAAAGAAAGGAGGUUAAUUUAGCUCACAAUGAUAGAGGUCCCAGUGCCGACACAUGACUGUGCCUUCUUUCUGAGGCACAUAGAGUAUCACAUGAAGAGUCAGACACUGUGCCUAUGAGUGCCCUGAGCUAGGCCUGUCUUUAUUUCUGAUAGAGCCACCAGAAUCCAAUCAUAGAGGUUCUGUCCAAAUGACUGUAUCCAAAUGUGAUCACUUCCCAAAGGCCCCACUAUAAGCAUAAUAGUUAGAUUGUUUUCACCCUCUUGUGGCCUGACAAUGGAGGCAAAAUAGCUAUACAUGUCCCUGGAGAACAGGCUCAAACAAAGUUAUAAAGCAUCCUUUGUUGUUAAUUUUUGAGUUCAUGCUGGUGAAGUGACCAGGGGUGGGUUCUUAAAUAUCUUCAGAAAGACCAAGGACAGGAAGAGGGUACCAGCUACUAGCUCCAUAAAAACUCCGACCCAACAAGGUUGGAAGAGCAUUCGCAUCGCUCAUCACGUGCAAUGUCAUGCUAGACAUAAGGGAGAGACUAGCUCCAGCCUCUUUGUUUAAGGGAACUGCCCUACUCACUGGUGAUAAUCCCCUGUGGGAACGGAACCAAGGGUUGGGGGGUGAGAUGUCACGUGACACACCACAGGAAAUCCGUCUCUGGAGACUAGCAUCAGGAAGUUGCUCUGAGCCUGUUACCCAGCCUAUAGGCAUAUAUUGAUCCAAUCCCAAGCCCCUAAAUCCUCGGUCCAUCAUAUCUCACCACAUAAUGCUCCAAGAAAGCUCUGCCUGAUGAGGUAACUCGGAAGGGGUGGGGGCGGUAUCAUCACGUAUGAGGGCUUCCCUGAAAAUGGGGGAUGCGGCCACCACCACCCUUGCCUCAGUUCCUUUUGCCAUCUCACUUGGUGAGUCGUGUAGGGCAGGUCAGGACUCUUCAAGGAGUCACCCGGAGUCUGUGGUACCUUGCUCUCCAUCCCACUUUUUUCCUUCACAAAGUUGACAUCCACAUCCCGGCUCCUUCUAAAGCAGUGGACUUGGAAGUUAGAAGUUAGGAUUUUGAUGUUCAAUUUUAAGACCUCAGCUCCCUCUUAGGAUCUCUCGGCCUACUCUUUACACCAACAGUGCCACUUGCUCUGUUUCAGUGCUGAAGAGUGAGUUAGGAGCAUAAGAAGUCUCUGGAAACAAACCAUUUUUGGAAAGGAAACACACACACACACACGAGUGCUACAGAGCUGACAAACUUUUUCUAACAACCAAUUAUGGAACUCCAGAAGGAAAAAAAUUGUCUUUUGAGAAAAAUCUUACAUUGGGGGAAUAAAAUGGUUAGGCCUUGCUUCCGCUGCCACAAUCUGUCAUUGAUUGACAGCUGCCAAGAAAGAGAUUAGUUCUGCUGGAAUGAUGCUCUUUGGCUUCAUGUGGAGGUGUGUAAUGGCACUCAACUUUUAAAACUCAAAUUGUAUUACUUUUUGUAAAAGAGAGAGAGAGAGAGAGAGAGAGAGAGAGAGAGAGAGAGAGAGAACAACUUUAAGGACUUGCUUCUUUCCUUCUUCCGUGGGUUCCAGGGAUAGAACUCAGUAUCGAGGAAUACAUAGCAAGAACUUCCAUCCAUUGCCUGGUCCCCGAAUGGCACGUUCAGUUUAAAAGGAGAUAAAAGUAGUAUGUCUCCAUGAUGAGCCUCUAGUGUGAGACUCUUUUGCACUGCACCCUAGGAGCAAAAGCACUGGAAAUAAAGCACGAAGCGUAAUAGGGGAAUUGCACGAAGCAAUUAGAACGCUAGAUCUCCCCAACUGCUUAUCACCACGAAAAGAUAACUGUAAACCGAGAUUGGGGAUGGGGCAGUGUAUGAACCAUUCGAUUUCAUCUGUGGUUUUGUUGUUGUUGUUUGUUUUUGGGUUUUUUUUUUUUUUAAGCAAACAAGAUUUUAGAGUAAUGUUCCUUGCAACAGGGAGGAGUCUCAAAAAGGGCUUGCCUUCAUCCUUGUUGUUUAAAACAACAGUACGUAAUUGAGAAGAUCCAUAAACGACCUGGUUCUUUACAGAAAAGCCUGCCAACAAUUGGUAUUUGUUUUAAGUGUUCCAAGUCUGUGUUAGCAUUGUUUAUACCCACUGCCGCUCCGGGAUCGGGUGUGUGGGCUUGUUCUCCUAUCACUCCCUAACCCUGCCUUUGGCACGAUCAUGCUUGUAGCCUGAAACGGGCCACAUAGAAGAAAUUGACUGCAGACAUUACCAAAUGCAGUCACUUGGGCCUAUUUCUUUCUGGAGAUCUGGUUGUCAAGCAUUUACCCCACAGAGUGCAUCACUGCAAAGUGUGUAUGGAUUAGGACCUUUUACACAAAUGUGUGUAUGGAAAUCCUAAUCCCUUCUGCCUCACAAUGUGACUCUCUGCGGAAUAAGAGCCCUUGAAAAGGUAAUUAAGUUUAAAUGACGUCCUUAGGGUAGAUCCUAAUAUAGUUAGUAUGAGCUGUUGUUGUCCAUUUGGGAGUUGAACCCUGGACACUGGUGUAGAGGAAAGACCCCAGGAUGACCCAGGUCAAUGGCCAAGGACAAAGCCUAAAGUGAGCCCUACCCUAAUGACAUCCUUGAUAUUGGACUUCUAGACUCCAGAAAUGAGAGGGAUACAUUUCAGUUCUGUAAUGAGCCAAUCUGUGAUACUCUGUCAGGGCAGUCAUAGUAGAUGAGUACUGUUAGUGUCCCAAGGAGGUCAAAAUUUCUCCAGAAGUUAUCCAGGAAAGACGUGUGAUCUACUGAGUGUCUACACUACCACCGCCCAGCCUCGUUGCAUAUCGUUAACACUAUUAGGUACUCUUGAGUGCAAAGCAAGAUUUAAGUAUACCUUAAAGACCAGCUUCCCUGGGAAAUAAAGAAAAUGACAGAACAUUUUCUGCACCUGAUGUGGCCUCAUUGCUACCUUGGAAGAGCAAGAUAAUAAGUUUAAGGUAUAUUGAUGACAACUUUCUAUGAAUUUCUUAGUCAAGGGGGAGGCAUUCCAAGUUCCCUUUUGUUUAGGACUUUUAAAAAUAUUUAUUUAGCUUGUCCUUGAGAAGAGGCAAGUACUGUGAAUCUACUAGUCCUCGUCUAGUAUGAGCUUUGUUUUUUAAAGUUUCCUGUGGUUUGAGGUAGGACAUUUGGUUAACAAGGAAAAGACACACCUGGCCUGGAACUGACUUACACCUUAUAAGAAUGGAAUGAUCCCAUAGGAUGUAGCCUGUGAUUUUCCAUGUUGCUGUGGUGCGAAUGUACCCCCAAAUUCAUAUGUUGAGAUACAGUUACAGAUACAGAUCAUAUACGAAGGUGAUUAAAUCAUAAGGGAAGAAUCCUACGGAAGGGAAUAAGUUGUCAAAGAGAGAAUGAGGGACUGGGAUAACUCUCCACAGUCUUACAGUGUUCCUCUCGGUUUUUCCCAGUGUGCCACCUACCAUGAGAGAACAGCCAUUGUUUUAGAAGUCUUGCAAGUUCCUACAAGCAUCCUGAGUCCCGCUGGGCAGUGGAAGUGCUCACCUUUAAUCCUGGCACUCAGGAAGUAGAGGCAGGCAGAGCUCUGAGUUCAAGGUCAGACUGAUCUACAGGCAGGAUAAUCAGGGCUAUACCGAGAAGCCCUGUCUCACAAACACAAAAGAAAAUAAAAGAAAUCUUGAGUUCUAAGGAGACUUGCUCUCCAUAAUGAAGAAAGCAUCGGGUAAGAAGGUGAAGGCUUUGUUCUGAAUUUCCCUUUGAGCUGAUCAUUGAGUCUCUCUGCUCUUGGGUUUCCAGCUCUGUAAAGUGGAGGUGGAAGAUACAGGUUAUUGAGUCCCUCACAGCCUUAGAAAUGGUGGUUUCAGGAUCUAUCUGGUGUUAAGGCUUUCUCUUACCUGCCCAAAUGUGCCAGAGAGAAAGGUCUAAGUUCACAAGUUGACAAUGCUGUGCCAAGGAGGCGAUAUUAGCUGACUCAGCGCUCCUCUCUGGUCUUUGGCUUGGCAAGCAUAUCUCAUUUGUUCCCAUUGUUACAUUAAUCUUUGGCCAGGAACACGGGUGACCUCAACCUUGUCUUGCCUAUCUGGAGUAAAUAAUGAAACAUGCAUAGUUUCCUUUGAAAACUCUGACACUGGCAGUCUGAUUUUCAAAGUCUGAAUUGUGGUAUAUGACUCGAGCAGAAAUCUGGCACAGGGUGAUUAAAACCAGCCUCUGAAGUAAUGACCUUAUUAUAUUUGAAUUGUAAUUUAAUUUUUAAAAGUUGUUAAACAAAUGAAUGAAUUAAUUAAUAAAGCAAUCGAAUUUUGGGAUGGAA